UCGAUACUCAUACCCAUCGCAUCAAAAGCUCUCACAGCACCAGGCAGCACACAGUCUGGCGAGAGCAACAACUAGGACGACAGGAAGAGACUUAGAUAGAGUCUACGAGAGCGACGCGCCGAGCGUACCCCUACACCAGCCAGCUCCACCACCCCACAUCGAAAUCCGCCCACCAUGCCGCCCAAGGGAAAGGUCAAGGAUGACAAGACCUUCGGCAUGAAGAACAAGAACAAGUCGUCCAAGGUCCAGAAGUUUGUCGCCCAGGUCGCGCAGCAGGAGGCCCAGGCGGGCAAGAACAAGGAGACUCUCGCCAAGCAGAAGCAGGCUGAGGAGCGUAAGAGGGCCAAGGAGGCCGAGGAGAACCGCAAGAAGAUGGAGGCGCAGCUCUUCAAGCCGGCCCAGAUUCAGAAGGUGCCCUUCGGCACUGACGGUAUGCUUGCCAGUCGCCAGCCCGAACUAACGCCCCAGGUCUUGUGUGUCUUCUUCAAGAGCGGCAACUGCGAGAAGGGCAACAAGUGCAAGUUCUCGCACGACCGCAAUGUUGAGCGCAAGAUUGAGAAGCUCAAUGUCUACGAGGAUGCCCGUGCCAAGGACGACAAGAAGGCCGACACGAUGGACACCUGGGACGACGACAAGCUCAAGGAUGUCGUCACGCAGAACGGCAAGAAGCAGAGGACGACCACAGAUAUUGUGUGCAAGUACUUCAUCCAGGCUAUCGAAGAUCGGAAGUACGGAUGGUUCUGGAUCUGCCCCAACGGCGGCGACUCGUGCAUGUACCGCCAUGCUCUGCCCCCAGGAUUCGUCCUCAAGAAGGACAAGAAGGACGACAAGAAGGAGGUCAUCUCAUUGGAGGAGUUUGUCGAGGUCGAGCGUCACAAGCUCAAGCCUCCUCUCACGCCCGUCACCCCCGAGACGUUCGCCGCGUGGAAGAAGAACAGGUUAGAGAAGAAGGCUGCCGAGGCCGAGGCGCUCGAGAAGGCCAAGGCUGCGUCGCGUGCCGCCGGCAAGGUCACGGGCAUGUCGGGCAAGGACAUGUUCGAGUUUGGCGGCGAGCUGUACGGCGACGAGGAGGACGCCGACGAGGAGGAGUGGGAUAUCUCGCGCAUGCUGGCGCGGUACCGCGAGGACGAGACGCGCCAGGACGACGAGGAGGACGGCCCGUCCAAGGGCGCGCGGGGAGAGGACGACGGCGAAGAGGACGAGGUCGAGGUGGUCGCGGAGGGCGUGGCCGCUGUUGCGGUUUAGGAGGCGGCGACCUUCCUUGUAGAUGUGGGCGGCCCCAGCCGCGCACUAGCAUGAUGUAUCCUUGCAUGGCGG